AUGAAAAAAAAAAUAUCAUAUCCUUUGGUAAAGAAUUCACUCAACGAUAUCAAUAAGUUUAUUGAAAUUCUGCGUGAAGUUAAGGCUAGGCCAGGCAUGGCAAAUACGUGUCCAUCUUUUACUCCACAAGCAGCUCUUUGCGAUACUCUUUGGUUCCAACAUGCCGAUACCAUUCCUCGAAAGAAAAAUGGUGUAUUGAUGAUGAAACAACUUUUACGAAGUGAUGAUUCAUACUCGAUUAACAGAGAGAAUUGUAUGGUGAAAAGAGAUAAUACUCCUUUUGCCCCAAUAGUUUUUGGUAAUUUUGAACAAACUAGGUAUCCAACGUUGGUUGGUGAUGAUUUCGGAGUGGUGGUCAUAUCUCGAUGGAAAACUGGAUUCAGUGGUGAUCAAUCUGGAUUUUCACUUCAGAAUCAUGAAAAGAUAAUGUUUUCACUUGAUGGAUAUAUAUUCUGUUUGGGUGAUUCCAAUAGAAACGAUAAGUCUGUUCAUCAUGCUGGUAGUAUCGUAACUGGAAGAGCAGCAGAACUAUCUCCGUCUGAAAAAGCAAUGGUGGAUUUCCUUGCAGCAAUACCCUUAGUAGGGAUGAUGAUGGUGAUGAUGGUCGCAAAAGGAAGCGUACUAGGCAUGGCGGUGGUUUGUAAAUUUAGACCAAUUUAA